AUGCCAGAACACAUAGGAGGAUUGCCUCCCCGUCUCUUUCUUCCGUUUGAAAUAUGGGACCUAAUCUUACGAAUGAUCAGGGACAACUUCCGCAACUGCAAAAGUCAGGAUGACCUUACCCAUCUAUGGACAUGCGUGAGGUCUGUCUGCAAGCAACUCAAGGCUGAGGUCGAAGACAUCUUCAAAUCACAGCAUCUACCAAGCACUACGUUACAUUUCAUCAGCGAUACGUACUAUGCUGAAUACGACACCUUCUCUCACUCUAGAGCUGGUAUCUGGGCCACCUGGGAUCGCGCUCCUCUCGACCGUGUCGAACAGUAUGUUUUCAAAGUUCAGCUUCGCUUCGCAGGGCUAUUAGAGCUGGACUCCGGAAGGGCUGUAUUCAAGAUGCAACAUAGGCCGAACGAUCCGAACGACCCGAAGAACUUGUAUGAGGGCGUUAUAUUCAGACACAUGAGAGAGAGGGGGGGUCUUGGGCCAAUGGGAGAGGCAGACAAGUACAAGCCUUCCGAAAGGCGACGACUCUUCGGCCACUCAGAGGGUUGGGGCCCGCCGAGUUACCCUAUCCAAAUCUUCGAACCUGAAACGACCGAAGGGAUGUUUGUGAUUCAAGUGCGAGCGGGACUCAACGACUGCGCGGUACCCGGCCUGAGAAUCGACCAAGAGCAACGCGAGAUCUCUCUUGACUGGAUUGGGCUGUUCUCGCGCUUUUUCGCUGAGCGAAGAGCGGUGAAUCUGCACAAAGGUAUUGACGGAGGACUUGUGUAUCCAUGGCCACCGGCAAAACAGUGUCCUCAAUAUGAAGGGAGCUCACCCCUUCGUGCCGACCCUGUGCUAGCAGGAUUGGACUCCACUCUUAUUGAUCUUGCAAUCCAGCUCUCCCACGAAAGCAAAAAGUCAUUUCAACUGGUUGACCGACUCCGGGACCCUGUCCGCACAUGGAGAAAAAACAUGGGCCGGUUCGUUGGAAGUGAAAGGGUGUCUGCUGGAAGCCUUCGGCUCAAACGUAAUUGCGAUCGGGAAGUCAAUCUCGACGAUGAAGACGAGGUAGACAAUACAAUAGCUGAUGAAGAAGCCCUACGAAUGAGGGAGAAAAUCAACGAAUGGGUGAGAGCCAGACCAGUGGGUCCGCACGAGUAUACGAUCCUUACUGCGGAGCUAACUGAGCUUCAGACUUGUGAUACCUGCCGUUUAGAACAUACGAAAUGUGAGAAAAAAGGAGAGCAGCAUGACGAUAACCAACAUACCGACAAUGAAACCCAUCUCCCUUAUCCACUACUACGACGCGCAACGCCUGAUGAGAGUGGAACAAGACCUGUACCAAAUCAUCACGAUUGGAGGGACGUCAGCCAGCAACACCACAAGCAAAGCACUGAAGGACUACCAACAGCUGGCUCCCAUGGAACAUACACAUUAAGAUUUCGGAAACCGCGCACAGCAAGCCAUCGAAAACCAUCGGCAGCAGGGUCUCCAAAGGAAAGCAAAGCAUGUUUACGGAGGCCAUCCACAGCAACCUCUCAAGGGCUACCAACAGCGACAUCGUGCUUCAGCGUCGACAAAGACGAUCAGUUUGGUGCCAGAUCCACAGAAUGUGUCAUCGAUUCUCAAGCUCCUGUGAAUAUCCUUGAGAAAAAGCGUUAUGCUCAAGUUCGCAAGCUAAUCUCACACUCGGACAACUCUGGAUUAGGACGAAUGAGUACGAUCCACGAGCUUUCUACGCGCGCAAUUCAACAGCCGCUGAACCAAGACCGACCAUCCCCCUCGACAACAGACACUCAGAUAGAUCUUCACAGAUAUUUGACCGAAGAUCUACGCGAGCAUGAGCAAGGAGGGACACAUCAACUUCAAGAUUGUUCCAGGAGACAUGGUACACUCGAGUCUUACACGGCCCCGCAGGGGCUGCGAGGAAUGAACCCAGAAAAACCGUCUUCCUCAAGCCAUAUCGACUCCAAAGCAGCGAAAUGCCAACUCACAUCAAAGCUUACUUCAAGUUUGAGUGGCUGCCCCAUGACGAUCAAAGACCAAUCCAGCGAUCGUAUCGUCCCACAGGUCAAUGCAUAUGUGCUGACGCUUCGACAAAGCGCCGCUUGUCCAAGUUUACCAAGCUGGACUGAUAGUCAACGCAUCAACUCCACUAUGAAUGCCUGGUUUCUAAAUAUCAAGAACCUGCAGGGGAAGGCGGACGCUCCCGUGAGGAACAAGGAGUCUCGCAUGCUACUUCGCUCCUUGUUGGGUCUCGCGCAGCAAUCAAUAGGCCAGGUCGGGACGAAUACUAGCGUCACGCGACCAGGCAGGUCAUCCGUGGAAUUCCUUGUCAGCCCAAAAUUGCAACUCAACAUCAUAUCAAAGCAUGAAGAUCAUCCCUCAACAAACCAUGGCGAGCAAUCAGGAGCGCAGCUACUGCGGACCGUACUUCCGAUGCUGCAAAAGAUGGGAAUCGAUUUUGUACGGCGUAUGCACGGCAUCAAAGAAACUAGCGCCACCAACGACUGGAUGUCUGAUCCUGAAUUAGUGGCCCUGCAGACCAAACUCACACAACUGCUUGACGGACUCCCGCGAGAACUGCAAUUUAACUGGCCCAAAGACGAUGCUCCACCCUGCUUGUUUAGCCAUUCUAUGGAGAGACACAUACCCGUUGUACCCUUACCAUCCUCAUUCGCCACAGACCCCAACGAUCGACCUCAAGCGGUUUAUCUUCCAGCAACUACAAAAGCCACACGUUGGGUUUGGAACCGCGAUAUCGUCAAUGACGAUGACGAUGACAAUCAAGACGGCAGAGAGUGGACCCAUCGCCCGAACACCAUAGGUGUGGAAGCUCCUCUGUUUCUUGGCGCAACGAAUACCGGAUGCGUGCGCGAAGCAGCAAGUGCAACCGUGGAGACGCAUGCACCACCUGAGUUUCAGAAAAGGAAGAAGAUCGCCAAACACGCACCGCUGGUACAAAUCACGGACGGACCGAGGAGAUACCAUGUGAACCAGGGAUUGGCCAGGGUCGAGACCGUAGACUCCGCUAUGCUCGGCAAAGAUCACACCGGUAACGACAGAAGUCACCGGACGACCUACCCCCGGAAUCAUCACACCGAUCAACAUCCGCACGACCCGGACCCGAUUCAGGAUUCCUCCUCGAGCGAGACAUCGAACCCUUACCGAGCAGACGGUCGCGCAUACUUGGCCCACGACCCUUAUACCCACGCGCGAGACGUCAUGGCCACAACCACCGAUCCAUCCAUCACAACCAACGAGAUCAGCGUCUCCGACCCGAGACCGUCGCACACAGGACCCGAUCCGUCAGGAGCAAAGCGCCGAAGAAAGAAGGAGCUCCCCGGAGGAAGAUAG